AUGGCCACGUCGGGAACCAUGCUAUCAUAUAAUUCGCGAACGUUAGCGAAACGUUCGCUGGCUGAACGUAGACCAGGACUGGGAUCGGCCAGUGGAUUAGGAAGAGAAAUUUACACCAUGGGCAGCACAGUCGGGGAGGGUGUAGGGGGCGAAACCAGAGGUUUUGUCUGCGGCGCCGUCCCCGCGUCGAUUCUGACAAGACUGGAUAGGCCACGAGGACUUCCAAGUCUGCCACCACACCACGUGUCCGCAUUCCCCAAUGCUGUAGGCGCAAUAGACGUGACACUAAUACCAAUCCAGGGUAUGUCAGGGGAUGACGAGAAAUUGUAUGUUUGUCGUAAGGGAUACCAUGCCCUCAACAUACAAACAGUUGCUGAUGCCAAAAUGAGAUUCAUAAACAUAAACUGUAAAUUUCUGGGUUUAACACAUGAUGUACUAACAAGCUCUACUGUGCCAGACAUUAUGAAAACUCUACCAGAAGGAGGAUUUCUCCUAGGUGAUGCUGGCUAUCCACUAAAGAAAUGGCUGAUGACACCAGUAAUGAAUCCUUCAACACCACAAGAAAUGCUGUACAACACAUCACACAGCAAGACAAGAGCCAUUGUCGAACGUGCUUUCGGCAUUCUUAAGUCAAGGUUUAGGUGCAUCCAUAAGACAGGUGGCAGUCUGCCGUAUGUGCCAUCAAAGUGUGCGAAGAUUAUUGAAACCACAUUUCACUUGCACAACAAAGGACAAGAUACCCCUGUAUGA